AUGCUACUGCAUAAUGUGCCCCAACACUACCAAGAAAAUGAGGGACCUGAAGUCCUAUUAAGAGCCUUCAAUUCGAAUGUAGUACAAACUCCAUUUCAAAUUCCUGCUUGUCCAACUGUCUCAAAAGACAGAUAUAAAGAGUUCAGGAAAUUCCUUCAUUGCUGCAAGCUUCCCUGAAGAGCAGAGGAACACAGAGGAAUUAUUCUACAUGUACUGCCAGAAGGCAACUGAGCAAGGGAAAAGUCUCCAUGUACAUUUGUUAAGGAUGUACUCCUUAUGAUUCUUGUCAGUGAAAAGCACCAUGCAGUUUGGUUGGAUUCUGUGAGCCCUUUGGUAUCAGAAGGAGCUGAAAGUGGCCCCCAGAGUGUAGAAAUACUUAGUUUUAGGGUAAAAACUGUCACUGAGCUGGAAAAAAAUAUAUGUAUGAAUGAUGAGCUGCUUCCCAAACCACCAGACACUUUGGCUAGAUGCACUUCACCUGUAUCUUAUCUUUCCUUAAUGAAACCACUGUGCCUGCCAUUUCCCCCCUCUCACCUGUACCCCACACACAUUUCUAGGUACACCAUGUUCCCAAACUUCAGAUCACCUCAGGGUUGAGACACUGGGAUCAAUUCAAGCAGUCAUCAGCCUUUCCAUCCCAGCAUCUCUAGCAAGACUUUUGACAUGGUUGUUCUGAGGAAGACCAGAGGAAUUCAGAAUGAGCUUCACAAUUCAUUAAGCUUUAGUGUUCUGCUGUUCCUGUUUGUGAAAAUUGUGCAGAGAAUAUGCAAGAAGAAUCUUCCCUGCCAGUGUGUGAAUCAACCCAGAGCUCCUGCAAUUGGCAAUGGGAAGAUAGCCUUCUGCAAAGGCAGCUUUUUUCUGCUUUCCAAGUUUGUCAAAGAAAAUGGUCAGAGAUACUACCCAAACCCACCAAAAACAGUGGCCCCAACUCCUUUUAAAGAGCUCAAAUAUAACUUUUCUCCAAGAAUAACCAAUAUGCUACAAAACACUGAAAGGACUCUGGAGAUCACGACAUACAGUCAGGUCUUCACAGGGAAUCUCUGUUUAGGAACAGUUCCAAUAUAUGGCCUUAUCCUGGUUAACUAUUAUAUAAAAGCAGUUUGCAGAUUGACUGGAGAACUAGGUGAAGACACAGAACUAAUAAAUACUGCAUUUACUAAGAAUCUCAUGCUUCCACCAAAACUUACAUAUGAUGAAUAUCAAACACUGAGAUUGUUCAGCACAGUAAUUGCUGAAGUUAAUUCUUUGGCUACAGGACUCAAAUGUACCUUACAUUUCAACAGUUCCUUUGGCUCUGCACCAGGAUCUGAAGCUUCAACAAUUCAAAUGAUUCAUAAAGUGCCACCUCCUGAAGGGUGCACUGCCUGCUUACUUCAAAGUGAACAUCCCCAUGAAUCAAUUCUGCAAGACCAGUACUCCUUGCGAUGCCGUCACAUGUACUCAGCAUUGCCACUGCUGUCACCAGCUACUAAGUUUUCAGGAAGGCCCAAAUUUUAAUCCCUUCCAAAAUCUGCAUGUUCACUUUCCUAUGAAGAUUUCAAGCCCAGAUAUUUGGAUGAACAUGCAAUAUGGGAAAACCCAGUUAGCCUAAGUAAGCCAAGCUUACCAUAGGAUGUAAAGCAUGAGGAAAGUGGAAUUUUGCUGCACAGACUUUGGUAUCAAGAAACAUGUCUGCCUGCAUGGAAACCAGAGGAUGGGCCAAGAGAGAUAACACUGCCUGAAUAGAUACCUAGCUGUGAAGUUCCUUAGAACCAGACAGCGCUGAUAGAACUGCAACAUUCCUUCUCUAAGACAGCAGCACAAAAACAUUUACAUGAUUCUGUAAAAGGAAAGAGAAAAAAUCUCACAGAUAACACUACUGAGAGAAAGAGACACAAGAACUAUGGUUUCAAUGCUUCUUUAUUUCUUUAA